UCUUGGCGGAUAUUCGAGAUGGUGGAUUCCCUAGGGAGAAGUUCGUCAUUUUGUGAAAAAACUACACGCUAAUUUCAACCAUUUCGAGUCUCCAAUUUACCGUUUCUCUGCAAUCUCAAAUUAUCACUACUGCUCUACGAACACACACUUCCAUCAAUGGCGGCUUCUUUUACUACUAUGCACAAUGUCAGUUACUUGCCAGGUCCUCGAAACGCAUCGCAGGUUAAAGCACUAAGCCCUGUUUGCAGUGCAAUGAAGCUUCCUGCAAGAGUUAAUGUUUCUCCAUCUUCAUCCAGCUUGUUCUUCUCGGGCUCGCUGCUUCUCUUUCCUCUUACUCUAGCUUCUUCUUCUCAGAGGAAAACCCACAUCCUAAGCCCAAUUCGAGCUAGUGCUGAGGCAGCAGAUUUACAAUCGAAGGUGACCAACAAAGUUUAUUUCGAUAUAAGCAUAGGGAAUCCUGAAGGGAAGCUUGCUGGAAGAAUUGUAAUCGGAUUAUAUGGUGAUGAUGUGCCCCAAACAGCAGAGAAUUUUCGUGCUUUAUGUACAGGUGAGAAGGGGUUUGGCUACAAAGGUUCUGCAUUUCAUCGUGUUAUCAAAGAUUUCAUGAUCCAAGGAGGGGACUUUGAUAAAGGAAAUGGAACUGGAGGUAAAAGCAUAUAUGGCCGCACAUUUAAAGAUGAAAACUUCAAGUUGGCACACGUUGGGCCAGGAGUAGUUAGUAUGGCAAAUGCAGGCCCCAACACCAAUGGGAGUCAGUUCUUUAUCUGCACUGUCAAGACCCCUUGGCUGGAUCAGCGGCAUGUAGUUUUCGGACAAGUUUUAGAAGGCAUGGACAUUGUGAAGUUGAUAGAGUCACAAGAGACGGACAGAGGAGACCGUCCCAGAAAGAGGGUGGUGAUCAGUGACUGCGGUGAGCUUCCAAUGUCUGAAGCAUGACAUUCAAGCGGCCCAUUUUCUUCAUUCUCAAAGUUCAAAUUUGUCUACCCUACCCCCUUCAAAGGACUCCUGUGGAAGAACUUAAUUGGAACGACCUAAAAGGAUCCUCGAUGACAUUGUAACCAGUGGAAAAUAUUGAGUUUAGGCCUCGGGAUUUUUUUUUUUUUUUUUUAAUUUUAUGCCCCGGUUAAUGAGAUGUAUAUCAUUUGAUAUAUGAUUGAAAUUAUGUUGCAAUGUUUAUGAUAUGUGUAUGAUGCAA